AUGGAGGAAUCUCAAUUACGCCCCCCCCCAGCGCGACAGUUAUAUGAUCACUGGUCUGUUUUGAUGAAUACCCAGAGGCAACGGGCUUUAGUGCAACCAUGGACCGUUCGAAGACAAUUGCCGAAAUCAAAAUGUCUUCCGUUCGGGAUCAAAUUCGGAUAUUAUCAGCUUCUCUGGAGCCCUUCUGAGGAUUGGAGGGACUACGGACCAGAAACGGAGAGUGAUAUUCCAGACAAAGUGGUUGAUGGCGUGUUGCAAAAACGUAAGAGCAGAGUCCAAAGUCGAAUUCAAAGAUUACAAGUCUCAUACGCCUCUCAUUACAGCGCAAGUAGUUUUCUCUUGGUUAUAGCUCAUGCGGUGAUUCUGACCGAUCGUGAAUCCAGAAGUAUCGAGAAGCUCCCCGACGACUGGACAGAGGAGAAUGUUACCCCGGAAUCUCUGGAACGGCAAUUCCACUCGCAACUUGUUGUGCUGAAUGCUGAGCGGAAUGAGCAGCGGAAGCGAUUGGCUCAGUAUAUGCAAUUGAGGACUUUGUUGGAACCAUUCAACCAACCCCAAACAAAUGUCCAACCAAACCUCGUCACCAAAGAUGGUCAGUUGGCUGCAGAACUAGACCGAAUGAGAAUGCUUCUCGCAAAGGUCGCCGGCAAAGUCCAACAAAUAGGCCAACAGCAAGGUGGUUUGCAGACCGAAAAUUCUGUUCCGCAAGAAGAUAUGGAUACGAAGUUAGCGAAGAUCCUAGAUAUGACCUGA